UCCAUAAAAUUUUGAAUGCAAUAUUUGAACAGAAACACGAAAAGGAAUUACGAGAGGGCGCUAUUGCGUAGUGGUGGUAAUUCACGUCUCUUCCGGAAAAAGAUGGUGGAUGUUACAAAGGACGUUGACGAUUUAAAAAUGGAAUUAGACGAACAACAAGAGAUAAUACCGACAAAUCCUGAGCAAUUAGCAGAAUUGAAGAAGGAGAAUGGAAACCAAUUGUUCAAAAUUAAACAGUAUCGUUCAGCGUUACCCCUGUAUUCUGAAGCCAUCGAGUUAUGUCCGGAGACCGCCGCGUACUAUGGAAAUCGUGCUGCCUGCUACAUCAUGUUAAACAAUUACCAAGAGGCGCUGUCAGACUCUCGCAAGGCCGUACAAUUAGACAACAGUUUCAUCAAAGGCUAUCAACGAAUCGUAAAAUGCAGUAUAGCUUUAGGAGAUACAAUGACGGCAGACCAAGCGAUGGCCAAAAUAGUAGAAUUAGAUCCGACAAACGCAUCUUUAAAUCACGAUCAAAGAGUCAUAGAUAUAUUAAAGCAGUAUGAGCAAGAAAGUACAAAAGCGUAUGAUAAAAAAGACUUCCGUAAAGUAAUAUAUUGCAUGGACCGAUGCCUAGAUCAAGCACCCACAUGUGUGCAGUACAAAGUAAAAAAAGCAGAAUGCUUAGCAUUUUUAGGUCGCUAUCAAGAGGCGCAGGAGAUGGUAAACAGUAUGUUACACAUCGACAAAGGCAAUGCAGAUGCAAUAUAUAUUCGCGGCAUAUGUUUAUUUUACGAAGACAACAUCGACAGCGCAGUAAACCACUUUCAGCAAGUCCUUCGAUUAGCCCCAGAUCACAAACACGCAAUGGGAUCAUAUAAACGCGCAAAAUUACUAAAAAGGAAAAAGGAAGAGGGGAACGAAGCGUACAAAAGUUGUAAAUUUCAGGAGGCGAUUAACUUAUACACCGAAGCUCUAUCCAUCGACCCGUUAAAUAAGAAAACAAAUGCGAAAUUGUAUUUUAAUCGUGCCACAGUUUUAGCUCGUCUCGUUAAAUUGCAAGAUGCAGUCAAGGAUUGUACGUCCGCUUUGCAAUUGGACGAAACCUACCUCAAAGCUCUUUUACGUCGUGCCAAGUGCCAUACGGAUUUAGGCGACUACGAAGAAGCAGUGCGUGACUACGAAAAGGCGUGUAAGAUGGAUAAAAAUCGCGAGACAAGAAAAUUGUUGCAAGAUGCGAAAUUAGCACUUAAAAAAUCAAAACGUAAAGACUAUUAUAAAAUAUUGGGGGUAGAACGAUCGGCUACAGAUGAUGAAAUUAAAAAGGCGUACAGGAAGCGAGCUCUCGUACAUCACCCGGAUCGACAUGCAAAUGCAAGCGAUGCGGAAAAGAAAGAGCAAGAAAAGAAAUUCAAGGAGGUCGGGGAGGCGUACGGUAUACUAUCGGAUCCCAGAAAGAAGGCGAGGUACGACAGUGGUCAAGAUAUGGAAGAUUUUGACAGCGGCAUGCACGAUAUCGAUCCUAGUCAAGUAUUUCAAUCGUUCUUUGGCGGCAGUAGUGGUCACGGCAGUGAAUUUAACUUCUCAUCAGGUGGUGGUUUCCCUGGUGGAUUUACCUUCCAGUUUGGUUAAAUUAACACUAUUCAUUGUAAAUUUAUUACCUACUUAUUCCAUUCCUGAAUAUUAAGUGUUAUUUUAGCCAUGACAGUGUAAAUUGUGCAUUUCACUUCUAAAUGAACCUUUUUGUAAUUAUUUAUAAUGAAACUGUUCUUGUAUGGUGGUUUAUUCAGUUGCGCCGACGUUGUGUGGUUGUGUCUAGAUAUUUAACAAAAGUGGAUCUUGUAGUCGUAAAUUAUAGAAAGACUUACAAUGUAGAUCAACUAGGUAUGCAUAAAAGCGUUACUAGAUAUUGCACUUCUUGAAUAAAUUAUGUCUGAUGUUUCA